AUGAGCAUCCAUUUGAUAAAAGUAUUCUAUGAGUAUUUUCACCCUGCGCAUCCGAUACUGCCACCCUUUGAUCUCUGGGUUAUAUCUUCGCCGCCUCAGUAUCUCGUGAACAUUGUCGAGCUCAUUGGAUUACACCAUAUUUCCCCUGGCCAAAUCCCCGAGGUUUCAAAUGACCUUUGGAUAUCUACUGAAAGCGCUGAGUUGACGUUGGAAAAAGCGCAGGCAUAUCUUCUUUUCAGUAUCCUAUUCCAUGGUCGUAAGGUCCCCGAAUGUGCGAAGAAAUGCAUUGGCUUCGCUAUUGAAUGUAGCUUCAGGCUUGGACUCCAUUGCAGAGAGCUCUCUGAUACCGUGGAGAUGCAGAGCACCGCCCGUGCUGAGAGUAUGAGGCGAACAUUGUGGGAGAUUUUUAUCGUGGAUACUAUCCUUGCUGCCGUGCAAAUUGGAGGCACCUUGCAAUUCAACAUGGAGAUGCCUGACGUGUCCCUACCAUCGGAAGAUGAGAAGUUUGUGGACGGUCACUCCGGGGUCUACUCCAUUUCUGCGAAGGAUCUGAGCCACCGGGCAUUGUCCGAUGAUGAUCGCAUUUCAUCACUUGCUUAUCGUGUCGAGGCGUCACUCAUUCUCCGGCAAUGCCUCGUCGCCUGCGAGACACAUGCCCGUGAAGACACAUUGGAAAUACUAGACUCAAUGAUCUCGGCUUGGUUUCACCGAUGGCCUGGCGACAGGAGCACUAUUCUCCAGAUGAAUGGGAAAGUGAAUCAAGUUGACUUCCAGUCGGCUAUGAUCAUGCAUUGUGCCUCUAUUUAUCUCCACUUCCCCAAAUCCCUCUUGGUAUCCUUCCUCCCAAAUACCGGCGAGGUGUUUUGUUCCAGACCUCCACCUAUUUCAUCUCCCUCGCCGAAUGCGCAAACACACACAGCAAAAAUUGUCAAUGCAGCCGUCGAGCUGUCCAAGCUCGCUUCUCUUUCUACGUCUGUGACGGGUCAUACCCCAUUUUUUGCUUGCUCUCUCGUCCUCAGCUCUAUAGUGCAGGUGACUGUUCUGUCUGCCCCUAUUGGACAGCCAUUCGGGAAGCAUUACUCAUAUUUGGCAUUGAACAUAGGAGUUCUGAAAUCGAUGGGCAGCAUAUGGAACGUCGCGGCUUCUGCUGUGGGAAAACUUCGAGCCACUACUCGCGAAGUUGAGGCAGCCUCUGCCGAGGCAGGUCAUGAAAUCGUUGGAUCCAUGUUUAUCCCUGCUGUACUCCGAAAGUGA